GUUGCUGCAAGGAACAGUUCAAGCCGGCAACCAGGGAAAGUGUUUGGAUGCUCGAAUUGGGGAAUGGCGGUCAACGUGUACUCUACCUCUAUAACCCAAGAGACUAUGAGCAGACAUGACAUCAUCGCAUGGGUUAAUGAUAUAUUAGCUUUAAACUACACAAAAGUCGAACAACUCUGUUCAGGAGCAGCUUACUGCCAGUUCAUGGACAUGUUGUUCCCAGGGUGCAUUAGCUUGAAGAAAGUCAAGUUUCAAGCAAAGCUGGAGCAUGAAUACAUUCACAACUUCAAACUUCUGCAAGCAUCAUUUAAAAGAAUGAAUGUGGACAAGGUAAUUCCCGUGGAAAAACUGGUCAAAGGGCGCUUCCAAGACAACUUAGAUUUCAUUCAGUGGUUUAAGAAGUUCUUUGAUGCUAACUAUGAUGGGAAGGAGUAUGAUCCUGUGGAAGCUCGACAAGGCCAAGAUGCUCUUCCUCCACCAGAUCCUGGUGAACAAAUCUUCAACCUGCCCAAAAAGUCUCACCAUGCAAACUCUCCCACUGCAGGUGCUGCUAAAUCCAGUCCAGCUUCUAAACCAGGAUCAACACCUUCUCGCCCAUCUUCAGCAAAAAAAGCUGCACCAAGCAGCUCAGCAUCCAAAUCAGAUAAAGAUUUGGAAACUCAAGUCAUACAGCUCAGUGAACAGGUACAUUCAUUAAAACUUGCACUUGAAGGCGUGGAGAAGGAAAGGGAUUUCUACUUUGGCAAAUUAAGGGAGAUUGAACUUCUCUGCCAAGAACACGGGGGAGAGAAUAAUGACCUUGUCAACCGGCUAAUGGAAGUCCUUUAUGCUUCAGAAGAACACGAGAGCCACACAGAAGAGCAUGAAGGUGAAGAGCAAGUCCAUGAACAGCCCCAGCAGCAGGAGGAGUACUGACUCACCCAGCGUCUCUGACAAUUUUCAUUUUGUGUGAGAACUUUCUUCUGGAGAAUGGAACAUGUGCGGCCUCAAACUUGAAAUCAGUUCACUCCCAGUCUGCCAUUAACAUUUAUGUACCAUAGUGAGUGCCAGCCAACCACUGCAUUCUGUACCCAUACUUUGCCAAGAUGCAUUUGCAGACGUCUCCUUUCAGUGUAUGUUCCCAAGAGGUUGUAGGGCUACAUCACCUACUGUACAUCACUGCAACUUCACCACUUGGCUGCUUGAGAUUUGUUCUGCUCUUGAAAAAAAUAUAUAUAUUUAUUUUUUUUCUUUUUCGUCUGAAGUAUGAUACACUUGUAACUUGUUCUAACAUAUUUAUAUUGGCAUUUUGUGUGGCAAGAAGUACCGUACCACUAGCUGUGUCUCUCACUUUGUGGUGCUUUCGCGUUUUCUAGUACAUCUGCCCUGGGGCAUAAACUUGGUCGAACAAUUGGAAUAAAGGGAUAUACAGUGGAAGUCAUACUCAAGCCAUAACGACGAGGUGUGUUGUGGAGGAAAGUGCUCGUGUUGCUCACAUUUAUUCCUUUCCUGCCUUCGCAAAAUGGAAGGCAGACCAUCUGUUUCACUAGGAGAGAUUUAAACCCCUGUGUAUAGAAAGCUUGUUAGAAAGCUGCAUGGUAUGUUUUUUGGCUUAUUUCUGGAGGAACAGACAUCCACUUGAGUUGUUUGAAUCCCCUCCCAGUUUCCUGACUAGUCAAUAGACGUUUCCCAGCUUUUCUUCCUUCCUGAGGAAUCCAGUCCCAGCCUCCAGCUGCAGCUCUGCCUCCGCAGAGCUCGGUGCUGAUGGAGGAGAGAAAUCUCCUUGACACAAAUGUAGCUGCAGGACACCGUCUCUGCAGUCACACUUGGCUUCCCACCCCUCAGAAGAGGACAAAGUAGGCCAGCCAUUUCUUUUUGCUGUCCUUCCCCGACUCUGCUGCCCUGGCCACACAA